CGCCCGCGCCCUCCUGACCCUGGCCGCCGUGGGAGACGCGUACCCGCCUGCGCGAGGGACCCGCUGUCUGGAGCGAGAGCGAAAGAGGCUAUCAUGGCUGCAGGAGUCUUACCUCAAAACGAACAACCAUAUUCCGUGCUGGUGAAUAACAGUGGAUAUGCUGCAAACAUGGAAGGAAAUUCAGGACGCCCAACACCAAAGUACACGAAAGUGGGCGAACGUUUACGGCAUGUCAUCCCCGGACAUAUGGCGUGUUCCAUGGCAUGUGGCGGCAGAGCGUGCAAGUAUGAGAACCCAGCCCGUUGGAGCGAGCAGGAGCAAGCCAUUAAGGGGGUGUACUCAUCCUGGGUCACUGACAGCAUCCUAGCCAUGGCCCGCCCAUCCUCUGAGCUCCUCGAGAAGUAUCAGAUCAUCGAGCAGUUCCUCAGCCAUGGCAUAAAGACAAUAAUCAACCUGCAGCGCCCAGGAGAGCAUGCGAGCUGCGGAAACUCUCUGGAGCAGGAAAGCGGAUUCACAUACCUUCCUGAAGCCUUCAUGGAGGCCGGCAUUUAUUUCUACAAUUUUGGAUGGAAGGAUUAUGGUGUGGCAUCUCUUACCACCAUCUUAGACAUGGUGAAGGUGAUGACAUUUGCCUUACAGGAAGGAAAAGUAGCCAUUCACUGUCAUGCUGGGCUUGGUCGAACAGGUGUUUUAAUAGCAUGUUAUUUAGUUUUUGCAACGAGAAUGACUGCUGAUCAAGCAAUUAUAUUUGUGCGGGCAAAGCGGCCCAAUUCCAUACAGACCCGAGGGCAACUGCUUUGUGUGCGAGAAUUCACUCAAUUUCUGACUCCCCUUCGCAACAUCUUCUCCUGCUGCGAUCCAAAAGCACAUGCCGUCACUUUAGCCCAAUAUCUGAUUCGCCAGCGUCAUCUGCUUCAUGGUUAUGAGGCACGGCUUCUGAAACACGUGCCAAAAAUUAUCCACCUAGUGUGCAAAUUGUUGCUGGACCUGGCAGAGAACAGGCCGGUGGUGAUGAGGGAUAUGUUGGGAGGACCAGGUCUGUCUGCUGAGAUUGAAAAGACUGUGUCUCAGAUGGUCACGAUGCGACUGGAUAAAGAGUUACUGAGACACCACAGUGUUGGGUCCGACCCAUUUAACCCCUCUGCUGGAGUGGCAGAGUUUCAGAAUCAGCCUGUGGUUCUUUCCAAUGAGCAAGAGUUUGACCCGCUUUGGAAGAGGAGGAAUGUUGAGUGCCUUCAACCCCUGACAUGUCUGAAAAGGCGACUCAGCUACAGUGACUCAGAUUUAAAGAGGGCUGAAUCUCUCCUGGAGCAGGGCGAGACUCCGUGGACAGGACCAGCCCAGGACUUGCUCUGCCACAACCUCAAGCAGCAGAAGGCUGUUGGCCACUGUUACAUCCCACAGUCUCCAGAGCUCGACUGCAAUAAGGAAGCUUCGGUCCACAGUACAUUUUCUUUCUGGGGUCAGUCUAAGUGUGGUGACUUGGAAGAGCUCAGAGAGGACCGGUUGCCACUUUUCCCUAGAAGGAGCACUGCCAAGGAGGUGCAGCGGAGUAGAACCUUCUCUGUGGGUGUCUCAGGUUCACAUGAACCUGGGGAACCAGUCACACCCAACUUUGCAAAUGUCCAGAAGAACUCAAACUCUUCUCACCAACAGUUGGCCCAAUGUCAGUGUGAACCUCACAGUGGCUGGGACCCCAGCUCUGCCACGGAGGGCGUGCCUUACCGUAGCCCUCCAUACUGUGGCUCCAGUUCCCUGGCACAGUUCCCAGCUGGACGUGAAACCCAGGACAGCAAAGACCUGUCUGAAGCAGCACCACACACUGCUCUGCCAUCUGAAUUGAGUGUUGAAGCAAGGAGAAUACUGGCAGCCAAAGCCCUGGCCAAUUUAAAUGAGUUUGUAGAAAAGGAAGAAGUGAAAAGGAAGGUAGAAAUGUGGCAGAAAGAACUAAAUUCCCGAGAUGGAGCUUGGGAAAGAAUAUGUGGCGAGAGAGACCCUUUCAUCCUGUGCAGCUUAAUGUGGUCUUGGGUAGAGCAACUGAAAGAGCCUGUGCUCACCAAAGAAGAUGUGGACAUGUUGGCUGACAGCCAGGCGGACGCCACAGAAGCGCUGUUCUUACUAGAGAAGGGACAGCACCAGACUAUCCUUUGCAUCUUACAUUGCAUAGUGAACCUGAAGACAAUUCCCGUGGAGGUGGAGGAAGCUUGCCUUGCCCAUGCCAUUAAAGCAUUUACUAAGGUUAAUUUUGAUUCUGAAAAUGGACCAGUAGUUUACAACACCCUGAAGAAAAUAUUUAAGCAUACAUUGGAAGAAAAAAGAAAAAUGACAAAAGAUAGCCCAAAGCCUGGCCUCCAAGGAAACUAACUUUCUCUCGUGAUGAGUAUUUCAGACCAGAUGACCUUUCUGUUCAUAUAAGAAUAAGCUGAAGUCUGUGGAGCUACUUUCUCUCAUAGCACUUUAUUUUGAAUGCUGUUGGUUUGUGCUGAGAGCGAUCAUUCCUGUUUGGAGCAUUUAUUUAUUUUAAAAUAUCUUUGAGCUACAUUUUUGUUUUGAAAACUUGCCAUCAAGUUGGUGCCACUUUGUUUUAUUUAUUUGACUGAAUGAAUAUUAUUAACAUUUCAAGUAUGUGGUGUUUACAUUCUUAUUCUUUUUGACAUUUUGGAAGAAGUCGUAGCUCUUCUUUCCAAAACAGUUAUUUUCUUGAUCAAAUGCUUCCUAGAUAUUUUACCAAAUAGAUGAUUUUGGUAGCAAAACCUCACUGUGUAUUCAUCCCUUCCCCCCACCAAAAACAUGACCUAAGAAAGUCACCAAGUGUCUUAAACCAUUUUAUAUUUGUUACUAAGAAGGCUAUUGAUAUAACAUUUUUAAAGGGUUUUUAAAAACUGAAAAUUUCUGGUUUUUGCUUUUCUUUGUAUAAUUGUGACCGAGAUUUCCAAAGUCUGUUGUUUUCUAGAGUGAUCCCACUUUCCCUUCAUGGAUUGACUGUGAAGCGGUUGGGGAAUUUCACGUGUGGAAAGCAGAGUUGCUUUUUGCCAGGCUGCCAGAUGACCCACCAGCCUCGGCUGUCACAGGAGCCGUUCUCGACACAGCAGGCCUUGUUUCCCUCGCCUCGGGCUGCGGCUGAGCCGAGGACGUGGAUCAGAGGCAAGCAUGGGGGACACUGCUUAGAGGAGGACUUUCCUCUGUCCUGCUGGGGCCUCCACAGAAGGGACAGCUGUGCAGGAUGGAGGUCCUGCGCCAGCCCUGCACUCUCUGGCACACUGCAGACUGGGGAAGCUGGAGGAAGUCAGGAUCAGGCCACUGUCUGCUGACAGGGUGUUAGCCAAGAAGCCUGGCCCAGGCCCCGUAUUUCUAAAUCUGUAGGUCCACAUACCCAUUUAUCUCAGGGCUCUGUUGUUGGCUGCUUGUUAUGAGGAUUAUGGUUUUUAAAUUGAAUUUGACCCAUACAGGUUGUAUUCACACUAGGAGGCUUCAGAUAAGAAAAAGUGACUACCUGAACUAGUUCCUUGAAGACCAAAUUGUCAAUCAACAAUGGAAGCCAUACUGUUUCUUUAAAUUAAUAUAUGGGAAUAGUGGAGGCCAAGCCAUAGAGAGGGUAGGUUUCCGAAGAAAGGGAAUAUUAACCACACCACUUCCAGACUAAAGAAGCUACCACUUAAAGGCGGAGUUUCAGGGGAAACAUGACUAAUUUAGAACAAAUGAAAUUACUCCAACGUCCCUGAUUUAAACUCUUAUACAUCAAGAACAUUUUAGUCAUUAUUGGUCUCAUUAACUCUAAUGGCAAAUGCUAAAUGCAGUUUUCCUCCAUACCAUUUAAAUUUUCUUGGGCAAUCAUUCAGUGGAUGUUAGUGAACUGUCUUGUCUCCUCCUGAAAUAUCUUAUUUUCAAAGUGCCUGGCGUGAGGAAGCGGAGGGAACAAUUGCAUUUUGUGCAGAAGUACAUUAUAUGGUAACAAAAUAGAUGUUUGUCCUCAUCUCAGCUGGCCUCACAUGGGCAGGUGCACUGCUUCUGUUCUGAGGAGCCAGCUGUUUGCCUGUUUCAAAUUCUGCCAUCCUGAUGUGACCACCAGUGCAUGUCGAAAACUCCAAGCACACCAGCCUGAAAGGGGGAUGUGACGGGGAAAUUAGUCAGGCUACAUACAACUGCCGUAUUUAUCUGAAUAAAAGUGAAGAGAAACC